GACUACGACAACGACGGAAGCGAUGGCGGAUACGAUGAUACCCUGGAGGAGCCGGACUUUGAGGACGAGAACGGCUUCGAUGGAGCGCAAGAGGAAACCAUCGAAGUUCUUCCAGCCAACGCCACCGGCAACGCCGACCAGGAAGCCCGCGAGUCCGGUCCUGGAGCCAUUCCCAAGGACGAGCGCAUGACGACGCCAUACAUGACAAAGUACGAAAAGGCCCGCAUCCUGGGCACACGGGCGCUGCAGAUCAGCAUGAAUGCCCCCGUCAUGGUCGAUCUCAACGGCGAGAUGGACCCGCUCGCGAUCGCCCAUCGGGAACUCCGGGAGAAGAAGAUUCCUCUGAUGAUCAGGCGGUUCCUGCCGGAUGGAAGUUGGGAAGACUGGGCUGUGGAUGAACUGGUA